UGCAUUUUGCAUGGAUGGCAAAUGGCAGGAGCGCAUUGCUUUACAUGUGGAUGGAUGGAAUGUUGGCGUUACAUUUAUAGCAUGACUAUAUAUAUACAUGUGGUGCAAAUAUACACGUUGUGUGAGGUUUGGGCGUGCAAAUAGAGUGUGGAAAAUCUAUUUGUUGUUGAUUAGAAGCAACAACAGCAGCAGCAGCAACAGUAGCAGCAGCACAAAUGACCAAGCAAAACGUUGCUAAACCGAAUGAAUCAUUGACAGUUCAGUUCAGUUCACUGGUAGUCUCCUUUGCGCGAAAACCUCGUCUACAUCUUAAGUAGAGGAAUCUUAAUCCUUCGUUUUCAGUUUUUCAUGUCUGUUGUUUUGAGUUUUUUGUUGUUUCAUGUUUUUUGUGUCCUAAUCGGUUUUUGUGUGGCUUUUUCUUUCAUGUCGUGGCCCAGUCGUUUUUCGAUGUUGUAAUUGUAACAUGUGUGCUUUUGAAUUCUGAAUCCAUGAUCAAAGAAACGAUUCCGUUCCCGUUUUGAAUCGUUCACGGUUUCUGUUUUCAAGACUUUUUCUUUCCAUUUCGUUGGUCAUUUUUCUUUCGUUCGACAUUCUAAGUGUGUGUAGAGCAUAACGAAUAGAAAAAGUGAUUGAGUUUGUUUUAGUAGCAUGUAGCUGUUUUCCUUGAGAGCAUUUAAAACGACGACGAGGACAAAAAUUUGAAACUGUUGCAAAACGUGUGUGUUCCUCGAACUCAUUCAACGACAUCGGGAGAAACAGAGACAUGUUCUUUUCUGGAACUGUGUUCUACGGUGCAAACGCUCUUACGAAACAGACAACCGACCAAAAAUGGUGGCAAAGACCAUCCUACCGUGUAUUUUGUGUCACAUUUUGUUAUUAUUAAAUUUAUUGAGUUCAAUGCAUUUUGUAUGAUCUUCUGUUUCGAUUUUUUACGGUUCACUUUUUGUACGUUCCUUUGGAGUGAGGGUGACGCAUUUCAUUUGAUUUCAAACACUUAGUGUCAACUUGAUAAAUGUUUUGUGAUUGAUGACAAAAGAAUUUCAACACAACUGAACGCUGAAACAUUGAAAUCACAGCGACGACAACGACAGCGAUUGGAGGGUGAAAAAUGUUGAAUGCGAUUUUAUUGUUUACAUAAGCGCGCUGGUGCUACUAUGGAUGAGAAUGUCGGUCGGUGGUGCUAUUUCCAGUUAUUCUUUCAAUGUGUUGUUUUUGACACAAGUACUUUCGGUGUGCUCGUCGGUCAUCAAAUUCAACGAAUACAUAACAGACGCUGGAAAUAAUAUUUCGAUUCCCUGCUUGGCUCACGGUUCAACCCUUAUGUGGGUCAAAGAAGAAUGCAAUGAAACGAGAGAAUUUGUGCGAGGACCAGAUUUGCGAAUCAAUAAUAUUCAACCGAGUGAUGCUGGAAUAUACAUUUGCCUUGUGAGUCCGGAUGAAUCAGAAUUGACGCAAGUUGGUAACGACGACGAUUCGUCAUGGUCAAGUCAAGAAAAACCAACCGAUAACAGUUUUCUCGAGGGUUUAACGAUUGUGCUGAAGGUGCGAUCGGUACCUGGACCAGUGACUAAGCUUAGCGUACGAUUAUCGACAAUUUUAGGCGUUCUAAUAUGGGAAUAUUCAUCGAAUCAUUCCGGCGGCUAUCCAGUCAAAAGUUUCACUGCUGAAUUUCGCAAAUACUGUGCCGACGUUGAUGAAUUGACCAAUGCAUCGUUAUUGCUAUGGCAUCAAUUGGAUCCACAGAAUAUUCCAGCGAAUGUGCGCUAUUAUGAGGUGUAUCAUUUGAUUCCGAACACGACGUAUGAAUUCCGACUGUGGGCCAACAAUUAUCUGGGCGCCGGCGAAGCCGUUACAACAUCGGCGACAACGCUCGGGCAACUGAGCGACGAAAGUGUGUUGGAUAUCAUUUUAAAGGAUGUAGAAGGAUUCGAUCCAAAAAUUUGGGUGUAUGCCGUUGGCCUAAGUAUGAGCGCAUUGGUUGUGUUAGGUUUUACGUUGUGCAUAUUAUUGCUUCGUGAUCAUUAUCUGGAGAUGGAGGAGAAACGGCUGCGAGAGGAAGACGAAUGGGAGUCAAUUGGUAUCAUUCCGAAUAUCAUAUUGAAUCCUGGUUUCCUGGAACCCGAUGAUCCUAGUGAUCCAUCUCCGCCGUACACACGAACAAUAAUUUUCGGCGAAGAUGUGCUGAGCACGAGUGAAAGUGGCAGUAGCGAAGAAGAAGAGCCAAUAUCGUUCAAACGGAAAUUCUCGCUAUUUUUCACCGGCGAUACAAUCAAACGGCUGUAGAGGGUCGUCAAGAUUUAUACAAUUGAAUCGAUCAAAGUGAAUUCCAAAAGCAAUGAUGAAACGUAAUUUCAGUCGUUGGAUGUCUGUGAUGGGAAUCCAACAGGCUAUACUCUUCCAAUGGCGACGAAGAGUACAAAUUGCCUUGAAACAAAACAAAAAAUAACAAAUACGAGAAUUAGCAUUCGCUUCGAAUAAGUGUCAAAUGUUAAAUAAAAGCUAAUAGUUAGAUGCAUGCUCAAUGGUGAUUUGAUAGCUCAUCGCCGCAAAUACAGAUACAAAUACAGAUACAAAUACAAAUACAAAUACAAAUACACAUUCAAGAGUCAAUGAAACGGACUUUUGUAGAUAGGAAUGAGAAUUGAGUAUAAAACCAAAGAAAUGAAUCACAUAAGGAUUAGGAAAUUGCAUUACAGGAACCCACCUUGAACAUUUUUAUUUAGCGAAUGGAGUGUGAACAAACAAAUGGAAUUCAAGCGAUUUAUUUUCGAGUUGUUAUAACGAAUAAAAAUUAAGAAAACAUACAUUAAUAAUUUUCCGAUUGACGUUCUCUUUCAGCAGCUGCUGUUGAACAAAAAUCAAAAAUAAUUUAAAUUACAGAAAAAAAUAUAUACCAAUAAGCAAUUAGAGACUAUUAGGUCAAAUCAUUCACCAAAAUACAAACGAAACGGAUCAAAACAAAA